CGCAUGCGCUCUCGGGCCGCAGCGCGGGCGCCAUUGCGGGAGGCGGCGGCCCAGCCCGGCUGGUGGACGCGGAGGCGAUUCCUUAGUUCACUGAGUGAGUGACCAAGACCUUGGAAUUUCUUCCCGCUGAUGUGGUGCAUCUCAUUACAGGUGCUCAACCUGAAAUCGCAUCUCAUGAGAUCCCUGACAGGAGACAAAUUUGAGUCUCAGAGCAGAGUCUCUAAAUAAAUGAUUGGUGCCUUUGUUGGGGUCGCUGAAGGAGCCACUUUCAGAAGCACUGGAACACCAGCUCUCAAGGAUCAACCAGUGACACCGAGGCCACCAGGGCCGCUGCGUCUCGGACUGAGCCAUUGUGCUGGGGAAUAAAGCUUCGGUGACACCGCCACACACAAACUGCCAAGAGGUGCUGCCGUUCUGCUGGGGACUGAAUGCAGGUACACAGAGGUAAGAUUUUGUGUCCUGAAUAUCAUGUGUGAAGAAGAUGCCUCUCUCCUGUUUCCCAGUUAUGCCUUCUCAGAAUGUGGUUCUUUCCCAGGAGGGUGACACAGAGGAGAGAGAAAUGGGUGAUGGAUCACAGAGAGUCAGGUCCCGGGAGUCCCUGACCUUCCAGGACGUGGCCGUGGCCUUUACCGGGGAGGAGUGGGAGCAGCUUCACCCUGCUCAGAAGACGCUGUACCGCGACGUGAUGCUGGAGAACUACAGGAACCUGGUGGCGCUGGGGCGCCAGGCGACUAAGCCAGCGCUGAUCGCUCGGCUGGAGCAGGGAGAGCUGUGGCCCGGAGGAGCAGGAGGCCGGCGCGUGGGCGCUCUCCCCGGUGGGGACAAUGGACCUAAAAUCAAAAAAUCAACUCUAAACUGGAAUAUUUCUGAUGAAAAUCAAAGUUGUGACAUGAUUAUGGAAAGACUAACAGGAGACAGUUUCUGGUAUUCAAUCUUAGGAGGACUCUGGGAUUUUGAUUAUCAGUUUGAAUUUAACCAAGAAAACCAGCAGAGACAUUUGGGACAAGUACCUUUUACCCACCAAAAGCUUAUACAGGAGAGAAGCAUUAAAUGUAACAAAUUCGAGAACUAUAAAAAGAAUUCAAACCUUGUUAUACAUCAGAGGAUUCCUUCAAUUAAAAUACCCCUUAAUUAUAAUACACUAGGAAAACCCAUCAAACAUAAUUCAGACGUGAUUUACUAUAAAGGAAACUAUGUAAGAGAAAAUCCCUAUGAAUAUAAUGAACAUGGAAAAAUCUUCAAUCAACAUAUUCUUCUCACUAAUCAUAGUCACACUGGAGAGAAUCCCAGUGAAUGUGGAAAGGGCUUCAACCACAGUUUGUCUCAUACCCAACCUCAAAUAGUGCUCACUGGUGAGAAACCCUAUAAGUGUGACGAAUGUGAGAAAAGAUUCAGCCAGAGAAUACAUCUUACUCAACACCAGAGAAUUCACACAGGGGAAAAACCUUUUAUAUGCAGUGAAUGUGGGAAAGCCUUCCGUCAACAUUCUUCCUUCACUCAGCAUCUGAGGAUCCAUACUGGAGAGAAGCCCUAUAAAUGUAACCAAUGUGGUAAAGCCUUUAGCCGUAUCACAUCUCUUACUGAACAUCAUAGACUUCAUACUGGAGAGAGACCUUAUGAAUGUGGUUUUUGUGGGAAAGCCUUCAGCCAGAGAACGCAUCUUAAUCAACAUGAAAGAACACACACAGGAGAGAAACCAUAUAAAUGUAAUGAAUGCAGGAAGGCCUUUAGCCAGAGUGCACACCUUAAUCAACAUAUGAAAAUCCAUGCCUGUGAGAAAUUAUGUGACUAUAAAUGUGAGAAAACUUUAAGCCACAGGCGUUCACUUAGCAGCACAUAAAUUGUGCUGGGGUAAACUGUGAAUUUAUAAAUGUGGAAAAUUUUUAUCAUAUCUUUCUAUUUGCUAUGAAAUUACUCAUUUUGGAGAGAAAAUUUAUAAACAAAUUUCUAAUGCAUAGAAACAAAAUACAUACACACCUUAAACUAUUAACAUGCUUGGGGUUAUAGCUAGUGAAAAUUAUUUUAUAAACAAAAAUAUAUUGAGCCACAGUCUAAAUCUGAUAGCAAAUUUGUUAAAUAAAUGAACAGAAAUUCUGUAGCCAAUAACCUAUUAUUCAUAUGUAUGUUCUAUGCUAUGAAGCUUUGAAUGUAUAUGAACAUUAAUUAAACCAAUGUUGUAAUAUUAAGUUAUAUAAAUAUAAGACUAAUACUUCUCAAA